AUGGCAACCGACCCAGCAUCCGCUAACGAAUUUAAAUCUCUUAUUAAAAAAAGGGGUUGUAUAAAAGGAAAAUUAACUAACUUUGCUAAUUAUGUUGCUAAAAUUCAAGGCUUAAAAAAUGCGGGGUCUGAAAUAAAAGAUUCAGAUAAGGUUCAAUUUCAAGAACGUUUAAAUAAAAUUGUGAAUUUGUAUGAUGACUCUUUUGAGCCAGUUCAAGUUGAAAUUGAGCAACUCGCCCUUGAUUUAAAUGAACAAAUAAAUUUGAAGACGAAUUUUAUACAAAUAUUGCAGAAGCAAAGGUUUUGCUCAAUGAGAUUGAACCCUUUAUAUUAG